UCACUAUUCUCUGUUCUCAAGGAGACUGCAAUGCAAUGGAACCAAAAUGUCGUACGGAAGUUUUCCCCAUUAUCGGACCUAUAAACAUCUGUCCAAUGUCCCCUUUAGAUUACAUCCCGAUGUUAGGGUCAUGUUAGUCAACUACCACCACAAGGAGAUCAACAGCAGAGGUCUAUUGAAAUUUAUUUAUGAGCGCGUUCCGCCUCUGCAGUUUGGCCACCCGAAAGUGCAAAUUGUCCGUCAGGGCGACGAGCCUCACAAGCCAUUGCCAUAUAUUGAGGUUUUCUUCCACAAUGGCAAGCGUGUAUUCAUUGACUGCGAGAACAAGUUGAUGACCACGAUCACACAGACGUUGGAGGCAGUCGCUGGUGACAUAUUUGAUGAAACCGACGUUGUUGAAGUUGAUCUUGAUUCAAAGCUGUACAAAGAUCCAUGCGACUUCAGGUGGCACAGGGGUAGAAAGUGCAUCUGUGAGAUACCUGGCCAGUCGCCGUGCUCCGUCAAGAACCUCAAAAAGAAUAAGGAGCUCAUCUUCCACCGGAAACUGUUCCUGGCGCGUGACGAGAACCGUGGCAUGGUAACUUCGCUCUGAGCGGGUGAAGUGCUUGCAUGAUUGCACUGUCAGUUUCUUUGCAUAGCAGUCUUAACUAUACGACCACCCAAUCGUGUCGCAGUGUUUGAUUUUUAAUUAGUUUUUUUUCUUUCUUUUUCGAUGAUUGAGCGUUAAUAUGAACCACA